AUGGAGAAAGUCCUCAAUAUGGCUCUGAAAGUGGAAAGGAAAAUAAAUGGAUCUCUCAAUCAAAGGAAUAUUGAAGUGCUUCAAUCCAAUGCAGUCCAAAACAGUCAAGGACAGUCCACAGAAGACAGUGGAACUGUGGCCUUCUCUGCUUCAAAUAACAAGAAGAAAUUUGGCAACAAUGGAGGAAAGAAUGUGGCCAAAUGCACAUACUGCAACAUGAGUGGCCAUACUGUUGAGAAAUGCUUUAAGAAGCAUGGUUAUCCUCCUGCUUGGAUACCAGGAUACAAGUCUAGAAACAGGCAAAACCAAGAUGCUCAGAGCAAUGCUGUCAAUCAGAUUGGGGACAUAGGGCUAUCUGCUGAGCAAUUCCAGAGACUUGUGAGCCUGUUGCAUGGUCAGAACCAAGAGAAACCAGCCUCCUCAAAUGCAACCAUAACAAUGAACAACUAUGAAAAGAAAUCAGGAUCUAAUGAAGGCAAGUUCAUAUCUGAUCGCCACAUUAAUAAUGUCAUAUCUUCUUCUGCUAUAUGGAUUUUAGAUUCAGGUGCUACUGAUCACAUUACAUGCUCAUUAGACUAUUUUGAAAGGUAUCACAGGGUUUGUGGAGUUUCUGUUAAAUUGCCCAAUGGAGGAACUGUAAGUGUGACACAUAUAGGUGAUAUCAGACUGCAGUUAAACCUACUGCCCAAUGGAGGAACUGUAAGUGUGACACAUAUAGGUGAUAUCAGACUGCAGUUAAACCUACUGUUAAACAAUGUGUUGUUCAUCCCUUCAUUCACAUUCAAUAUUAUCUCUGCUAGCAAGUUAACUAAACAAGGGGCUUGCAAAAUCAUAAUGAAUUCUGACUCCUAUAACAUUCAGGGUCCUUUUGGGAUGAUGGAUGGUUUUACUGAACAAAGGAAUGGCUUAUAUGUGAUCACUGAUCCACCAAAGAAAAGGAACUGUCAGAUUGAUGAGAUGAUGGAAAGCAAUAGUGUAUCUUUGCAUUUGUGGCAUUAUAUACCCCAACAAAAUGGGGUGGCAGAAAGAAAGCAUCAACUUUUCUUAAGUGUAGCUAGGGCUCUCAGAUUUCAGUCUGGAGUGCCUAUGGAAUUUUGGAAUCAUUAUGUUAUGCAUGCCAUCUACUUAAUUAACAGAUUACCUCCUGCUAAACCUGGUGAGAAGUCACCCUUUGAAUUCUUAUUUGGCAGAACUGUGGAAUAUCAUCACCUCAAAGCUUUUGGGUGCUUGUGCUUUGGAUCUACUAUGUCUCAUGGCAAAAGUAAAAUGGAACCAAGAGCCAAGAAGUUUCUAUUUCUGGGGAUCCCUGCAAAUGUAAAAGGCUAUGUGUUAUAUGACAUUGCUAACAAACAUGUUUUUAUCUCCAUGGAUGUUCAGUUUUAUGAGCAUAUCUACCCCUUUAAGGAGGACAAAUCAGAAGCUUAUGAUGAAAAGAACAUGUUUGAUCCUGUGCUGCCUUUGGUUCCAGUCUCCAUUGAGGUUAGCAUACCACCUUUGGAUACUACUGCAAAUCAAAAUCAAGUACUAGGAGAAGCAGCCACUCCCAGUCUUUCAAUUCACAACACUGAAGCACCAGAAAGGGCUAGCAGGUCAAGUCCCUUACCCUACAACAUUGACAGUGUGGAUACUUAUGUCAGCACAAACAAUGAAUUUUCAAAUGAGACAGGUGGUAACACAAUGAUACAAGAUGAAGCAGUUCAAAUAGAUGUACACUUAGAACCAAGAAGAUCAGAAAGAACAAGACACAUACCUACAAGGUUACAAGAUUACUAUUGUCAUUCACUGAGUACAGGCAGUCACCACAGCAGGUCAUCACCACAUUCAAUUAACAAGGUGAUAUCAUAUGAGGGUCUAUCCCCAAGCCAUAGGGUCUGUGCAAACUCCAUUCUGACCAUACAAGAGCCACAAUCAUAUAAUGAAGCAGUUAAAGAAGAGGCAUGGAGGAAAGCAAUGCAAUGUGAAAUAGAUGCAUUGGUUGAAAAUAAAACUUGGGUGCUUACAGACCUCCCACCAGGCAAAACCCCAAUUGGUUGCAAAUUGGUGUACAAGGUGAAACAUAGAGCUGAUGGUUCCAUAGAAAGACACAAGGCUAGACUGGUGGCAAAGGGCUACACUCAGCAGCUAGGAGUGGACUAUGUUGAAACAUUUUCUCCUGUGGCUAGAAUGACAACAAUUAGAACCUUCCUAGCUGUAGCAGUUGCAAAAGGAUGGGACAUCAAACAAUUAGACAUCAAUAAUGCUUUUUUGCAUGGAGAUCUAGACGAGGAAGUAUACAUGAUUUCACCCCCUGGUUUUCAAAAUAACAAGCAGCAAGUUUGUUAG